AUGCCUCCUAGUACAUCAAGACCUGGUUCUCGUGGUGGUUCUUCAAGUACUACAGGAGUGUUGUCAUCUCAGAUUAAAGUUGCUGACCGUCCAGUGACGCAACAGGGAUUAAGUGGAAUGAAAAUGGGAACAAAAGGUCCUCAGAGACAGAUAAUGGAUAAAACCUAUUAUCUUGGACUGCUGAGAAGUAAAAUAAAUGAUCUUACAGCAGAAAUUAAUAAGCUGCAAAAGGAAGUGGAAAUGUACAAGCAAGAGAAUUCUGUCUAUCUGUCGUAUGAGAAAAGGGCAGAGGCUUUAGCUGGUGAAAUCAAAGACUUUCAAGGUCAGCUAGCAGACUACAACAUGCUCGUGGAUAAACUUAACACCAAUACUGAUACAUCAGAAAUGAUUAGUGAUUUCAAUAUGUUGAAAGUUCAGAAUGACCGGGAAGCUCAGAGUGUGGAUGUAAUUUUUACAGAAAAACAAGCCAAAGAAAAAUUAAUUCAAGCUGUGGAAGAAGAUAUUGAACGUCAAAAAAAAGUAGCAGAUGACAUAAUAAAAGACAUGUCUCAGGAAAAUCAGACUAAAUAUAUGGAGAUGAAGACUGCAAAUGAAAAACUCUGCCAGGUUGGUUUAUUUAAUAGUACUUACCUAAAUGAAAUAGCACACUCCCAAGUGAAGCAGGAGGCAGUGAAGUUGUAUGAAAAGCUCCAUGAGCUUGAGGAACAUCGAAAUCAAAUAAUUACUGAGGACAAGAACAUGGAUUCUCCACAGGAGGAAAGAGAGAGAUUACUAAAGCAGGUUAAAGAAGAUAAUCAAGAAAUAGCAAGCAUGGAAAGACAGCUAACAGAAGUAAGGGAAAAGACAAAUCAUUUUAGAAAAGUCAUUCAACGCCUUGAUAUGGAUCUGGAGGAUCAUCAAGGAGAGGAAAACUGGAAAUACAAGGAACUGAAGAAGAGAGAAGAAAGCAUGGACAAUUUUCUUGAGACUUUUGAAGAUGUGAAGAGCCAGGAAUUAAAACGAAAAGCCAAAACAGAAGCCAACAUUAUUACGCUCUUGGAGCACUCAAGUAGGAAUGUGAAUUGUAUGAAACAAAUUUCAUCUGUUACCAAUCAAGAGUUGAAGAUCAUGCAGGAAGACCUCACUUUCAAAUCAACUGAAAUGCAGAAAUCACAGAGCACUGCUAAGAAUCUCAGUACAGAGAGUCAAAGACUGCAGAUGGAUCUGCAGAAGAUGGAACUCCUGGAGGGCAAGAUGGUUGAUGAACUGGCUUCUCUUAAAGACAAAAUUGAGCAAACCAAAAAGGACUUAGAGAUCUAUAAUAAUUUACCAGCACUGAAAGCAGCAGGAGAAGAGAAGAAAAAGAAACUACAAGAUGACAAAGAAAAAUUGACAAAACGUAGCCGAGCUUUCAAGAAAAUAAUGGAACACUUAAAUGCAGAGUAUGAGAGUCUAAAAAGUCAACUGCAGGAGAAUGAGACUCAUUCUCAGCUCACAAAUUUGGAGAGGAAGUGGCAGCACCAUGAGCAAAAUAACUUUAUGAUGAAGGAAUUCAUAGCAACAAAAAGUCAGGAGAGCGACUACCAGCCAGUAAUGAGGAAUGUGAGAAAGCUGAUUACGGAAUACAACAAAGCCCUCAUAGAUUCUCUGCAGAAUACCAAGAACUGA